CAUUGUCCGUUGGGUGCCUUAUCUUCUCACGGCUGCGAAAGGGAAAAUGACAGCUAUUUCAGUUUCCUCUCUCACGGCUGCCUUAUCUUCUCUCUCGUUUUCUUCCCAGAUUGCUCCCAAGUCUCAAAAUCUAUCAUUCUGUCGGGAAAAAUCCUUUCAAAACACCUACCUUGUCAAUCCCCCUUCCCUGGUCAUUGCCGCAUCGGCUGCUACGGUUACUUCUCCGGUCGGUUUGGAAACCACAAACCUUGAAAAGUACAUCAAAUCCAGACUAACCGGUGGUUUCGCCGCACAGACAAUCAUUGGAACUGGUCGACGAAAAUGUGCCAUUGCUCGCGUCGUUCUCCAGGAAGGAACCGGGAAAUUUUUCAUCAACUACCGCGACGCCAAGGAAUAUCUUCAGGGGAAUCCCUUAUGGCUACAAUAUGUCAAAGUCCCUUUGGUAACCUUAGGAUAUGAAAGCAGCUAUGAUGUGUUUGUUAAAGCUCAUGGGGGUGGUCUCUCUGGUCAGGCUCAAGCAAUUUCUCUUGGUAUUGCUCGUGCUUUGCUAAAAGUGAGCGAGAACCAUAGGGUGCCUCUUAGGAAAGAAGGUCUUCUGACCAGAGACUCAAGAGUUGUUGAGAGGAAGAAAGUUGGUCUCAAGAAGGCUCGCAAAGCCCCACAGUAUUCAAAACGUUGAGGUUAGGACCUUGAAUAUUCAAGGCUAUUUAAAAUUUCCCUCCUACUUGUGUUUAUUUCUUUUUUAGAAAAUGUCCUACUUGUGUUUAUUUGUCUUUGAAGGCAUGUAUCUUUAAUCAUAGGUUUUUAUUGCUUUUGUAGUUUCAGAGUGAAACAUGGCUCUCGAUUCUUUCAAUGUGUUCAACCUAUAAAAAAAUUUUCAUGUUAAGAUUCUA